UAAACAUAUGGAAGUAAACACAACUUCAUUUCUCUUCCACUUUCACUUUUUUCAACAAACAAUGCCUACAUUUAUAGUGUAGAUUUAAUCAAUGAUCAAUUAUCGAGAAAAUCUCCAUAUAAGGAGUUGAAAGUUCACAUUCCACAAAUCACUACCACAACUGAAUCGCUAUAGCUCAUAUCAGUGUGUACACCACAGAGUGCCGUGGAAUACAGAAGAAUUAAGUGAAGGAUCCCAUGGGAGAACAGGAUGCUGAAGCCCAUCCCAGAAGUUACUGGAGAUUCAAUAAACAAGAUUUCUUACCAGAAGAGUCAUUCCAAAGCUGGGCUAAUUACCGCUCUGCAUUAGCACAGACAGGUUUCCGUUUCAAGGAUCGUCUGAUAAGCCGAUCAGAUGAUGCCAAUGAGAUCAGAGAGUUGAGGAAACAAAGCGAGAAUGACAUGAAACCAUGCCUGACCUGGUGGGACCUCACGUGGUUUGGAUUUGGUUCUGUUAUUGGAGCUGGCAUCUUUGUGCUCACUGGCCAAGAAGCCCAUAAACAUGCAGGACCUGCUAUUGUGUUGUCCUACGUUGCUUCAGGAGUUUCAGCAAUGCUAUCUGUUUUCUGCUACACAGAAUUCGCUGUUGAAAUCCCUGUGGCAGGUGGGUCAUUUGCAUACCUAAGAAUUGAAUUAGGCGACUUUGUAGCAUUCAUAACAGCAGGAAACAUCCUGCUUGAAAGCAUUGUGGGCAGUGCAGCAGUGGCCAGAGCAUGGACUUCCUACUUCACAACUCUUCUGAACCGUCCUUCUAACUCUCUACGCAUCCAUACAAAACUAAGUGCAGAUUUCAAUCUCCUGGACCCGAUUGCUGUUGGUGUUUUAGUGAUUGCUGCAACAAUAGCAAUGAUCAGCACAAGGAAAACUUCAUUGUUCAACUGGAUAGCAACUGCAGUCAAUACUUUAGUAAUUUUGUUUGUGAUAAUUGCUGGGUUUGCUCAUGCCAAUACUUCCAAUCUGACCCCAUUUUUGCCUUAUGGAGCUAAGGGGAUUUUUCAAGCAGCUGCAAUUGUUUACUUUGCCUAUGGAGGGUUUGACAGCAUAGCCACCAUGGCAGAAGAAACAAAAAACCCAUCAAGAGACAUACCAUUAGGCCUGCUAGGAUCAAUGUCAACAAUUACUGUGAUAUACUUCUUGAUGGCACUUUCACUAAGUAUGAUGCAAAAAUACCAAGAGAUAGACGAAAAUGCGGCAUACUCGAUUGCAUUUCAGAGAGUUGGGAUGAAUUGGGCAAAGUACGUAGUAGCGCUUGGAGCACUUAAGGGGAUGACCACUGUUCUCCUAGUAGGGGCGCUUGGACAAGCACGAUAUACUACUCACAUUGCACGAGCCCACAUGAUUCCUCCUUGGUUUGCUCUCGUUCAUCCAAAGACUGGAACACCAAUAAAUGCCACACUUUUGAUCACCAUUUCAAGUGCUCUCAUUGCUUUCUUCUCAAGCCUCAAUGUAUUGUCUAGCUUGUUAUCACUGAGCACUCUAUUUAUCUUCAUGAUGAUGGCCGUUGCACUUCUGGUGAGGAGAUAUUAUGUGAGAGAAACCACACCGCGAAAGAACCUCUUGAAGUUGGUUGCUUUCCUGCUGAUAAUUACUGCAUCCUCCAUAGGCACUUCAGCUUACUGGGGACUGAAGCCCAGUGGGUGGGUUGGAUAUAUCAUCACUGUUCCUCUUUGGUUCCUUGGGACAAUAGGAAUGCACAUGACUCUGCCUCAGCAGAGAACACCAAAGUUUUGGGGGGUUCCACUUGUUCCAUGGCUUCCAUCCUUGUCAAUUGCAACAAACAUCUUUCUCAUGGGAUCUUUAGGUGCAUGGGCUUUUCUAAGAUUUGGGAUCUGCACAGUUGUAAUGCUGCUUUACUAUGUCUUUUUUGGUCUUCAUGCAACUUAUGACAUGGCCCAUCAGCAACAGAAAACUUCUUCAUUUGAAGUUAAGGAUGAUGACAUUGCUGGAAAAGGGCCUUGAACCAUUGUAUCCUUCAUCAUUCAAUCCACAACCUGCGAUUAAUAAUCUGUAACACCAAUCAGACUAUUUCCAGCAUAUACAAGACAUCCUAUGCUUGUAGCUGUCAAAUGGAAGGAAAAACUGCUAUCCAAUGUAGCUCAUUUGUUGGUUGUGUUUAUUUUGGAUAAGAUAAUACAAAACAACUUGAAAGAAAAAUAGCACAAAGCAGAAUAUCCAAAAUUUAUGCAGAGCAACAUUAUUAAUGAAGGUGUCUGAUUAUUUGUA